AGUCAGCAUUUUGUUGUGGUAAAUGCUCAAAAAUGGCAGUCACUUCCGUCUGUCAAAUUUUUCUUUCUUUCCCAGCCACGACGAGCAAGGGUCGACAUGAGUUCUCUAAAGCUCCAGAAGAGGCUCGCAGCCUCAGUGCUGCGUUGCGGCAAGAAGAAGGUUUGGUUGGAUCCCAAUGAAAUUAAUGAGAUCGCCAACACAAACUCGCGUCAGAACAUACGCAAACUGAUCAAGGAUGGUCUGAUCAUCAAGAAGCCCGUCGUGGUCCAUUCCCGCUACCGUGUGCGCAAGAACACCGAGGCGCGUCGCAAGGGUCGUCACUGCGGCUUUGGUAAGCGCAAGGGUACAGCAAAUGCUCGUAUGCCCACUAAGCUGCUGUGGAUGCAGCGUCAACGUGUGCUGCGUCGCUUGCUGAAGAAGUACCGCGACAGCAAGAAGAUCGAUCGCCAUCUGUACCACGAUCUGUACAUGAAGUGCAAGGGUAAUGUGUUCAAGAACAAGCGCGUCCUCAUGGAAUACAUUCACAAGAAGAAGGCCGAGAAGCAGCGCAGCAAGAUGCUCGCUGACCAGGCUGAGGCCCGUCGUCAAAAGGUGCGCGAAGCACGCAAGCGACGUGAGGAGCGUAUUGCUACAAAGAAACAGGAGCUGAUCGCCCUGCAUGCUAAGGAGGAUGAGAUUGCUGCGAAGGCGGCCACUGCGGGUCAUUAAGUCGGCGGCAAUUCAUAAUUAGUAAUUGUUUUUCAAGUGAAAUAAAAAUUGUCAUUUUAGUUUGGCCGAAAUGAUUUUGUACAAACGUG